AUGUUUCACCCUCGUUUACUUCUGUUGUCUUUGGUUCAACUUUUGCUCACCUCGGCAUUUGACAUAAACGCUAAAGAUAACGUCGCUGUGUAUUGGGGCCAAGCCUCUGCAGGCACUCAAGAAUCGUUAGGUACUUAUUGUGCUUCGGACAAUGUUGAUGUUGUCGUCUUAUCCUUCCUAUACCAGUUCCCUGACAACCUAGCUAUUGAUUUUGCUUCUGCUUGCUCAACCACCUUUGACGAUGGUUUAUUGCAUUGUCCUUCAAUUGCAGCUGACAUCGAAUCCUGUCAAGCCAAAGGCAAGAAAGUGUUUUUGUCAUUAGGUGGUGCCAUUGGAUCAUAUGGUUUUACUGACGACAGCCAGGCUGAAGAAUUUGCUACUACCUUGUGGAAUACCUUUGGUGAAGGUACCGCAGACAAUGUUGAAAGACCAUUCGACACUGCUGUCGUCGAUGGUUUCGAUUUCGAUAUCGAAAACAAUAAUCCAACCGGAUACGCUAGUUUGGCUACUAAACUAAGAUCAUUGUAUGCAAAGGGAUCAAAAGAUUAUUACUUAGCAGCUGCUCCUCAAUGUGUCUACCCAGAUGCCUCCGUGGGUGAUGCCUUGGCUAACGCUGACAUUGAUAUCGCCUUUGUUCAAUUCUACAACAACUACUGUAAUGUUGAUAAACAAUUCAAUUGGGAUACUUGGGCUGACUUCGUUGAAAACACUUCUCCAAAUAAGGAUAUUAAAUUGUACUUGGGUCUGCCAGGUGCUGCUUCCGCUGCUGGUUCUGGUUAUAUUUCCGACUUAAGUCUAUUAAAAUCCACCGUUCAAACAAUUGGUGAGAACUCACAUUUCGGUGGUAUAAUGCUAUGGGAUGCAUCUCAAGGAUUUACCAAUCAGGUUGAUGGUGAACCAUACGUUGCCCAAGUAAAGAGUAUUUUGGAAGCAAACACAGAUUCCACUUCUUCUCAAAGUGCAACUUCCUCUGUCCAAUCAAGUUCCUCUACUGCAACUACUCCUGACAGUACUUUAAUUACCUCUACUUCAUCUAAAGCUUCCUCAAUUUCUCAAAUCUCAUCUACCACCCAACAGGGAGUCGAGCCAACCACCACAUCUGGUUCUACUUCUUCUCCAGAUUCCAUCAGUUCUACUACAACGAUUUCUUCGACAAAAACUGUUGUGAACGGCAAAGUCAGUAUCGCUAGUUCUACUGACGUAACAACAUCUCAACAAGCAGUAACACAGUCUACUGCUAUCAGUGUCACUAGCUCAACCGAGGUAACCACAUCUCAACAGCCAACAACGAAGUCUACAACGACUUUACAACCUACCACCACUGCCGCACCAACUACAAUUCCAGAACCAUCCAGAACAACUCUACAGCCCAGUACGACUCAAUCAAGCGACUCAACUCAAUCUACUGACUCCUGGGCUGUUACAAGAGCUAAAGAAUUAAACGAACAAUUUGUAAAGGGUGAGUUAAAUGGUAAGGACUCUUGCUCGGAUGGCGAAAUCUCAUGCACUGCUGAUGGUAAGAUUGCCAUCUGUAACUACGGAGCAUGGGUUUAUACAGAAUGUGCUGCUGGUACAACAUGUUUUGCAUAUGACUCUGGUGACUCCGUGUACACUUCCUGUAACUUCACUUAUUUGAAACCAGACGUGGUUUUCUAA